AUGUGCGGGCUAUUCAGCAAGCUACUUGUAUUCUGGUUCUUUGGGAUUUUCAUGGAUGCAGCUGUCAUUGGAUGUCGACAUGUUUUCGUGCAUAUGGCUAUCAUUGGAAGCUACUUGUCUCUUGGUCCUUUGGGAUUUUCAUGGAUGCAGCUAUCAUUGAAUGUCGACAUGUUUUCGUGCGUAUGGCUAUCAUUGUAUAUGGGAUAUUCAGGAAGCUACUUGUCUUCUGGUGCAUUGGGAUUGCUAUGGAUGCAGCUGUCAUUGGAUGCCAACAUGUUGACAUGCAUAUGGCAAUCAUUGUAUGCGGACUAUUCGACAAGCUACUUGUAUUCUGGUUCUUUGGGAUUUUCAUACAUGAAGCUGGCAUUGCGAGCUACUUGUCUUGUUCCCUUUGGAUUCUUGAUGGAUGCAGCUAUCAUUGGAUGUCGACAAGGUUUUAUUCAUAUGGCUUUCAUUGCAUGCGGGCUAUUCAGCAAGCUACUUGUAUUUUGGUCCUUUGGAAUAUUCAUGGAUGCAGGCGAAUCAUGCCAGGGUCAAAGAGCAACGUCUAUAGCAUCCUUCAGUGUCAGCUUGCCUUAUUACAUCGUUCGAUGGUUUUCGUUACUGUACCACCUAUUGGACACUACCUUUUAUUUGCAUCUGCAGCGGCAAGGCAACAAGUUCUAUACCUUUUGGUGUCGCCAAGUUUUAUCUCGUCUUAUUGUGGUCCUAGUUGUUGACAACCCUUUCAAUGGAUAUCCUGCUACGCAUGCCUGUUAUCGGUGGAUCAUAUCAGCCACAAGCAAGAAGCAAUAA